AUGGGCUGCAAUUUGUGCACCUUGCAGAAACGGGAGGAACACUACAAACUGCUGUACGAGAUUGCACAGGUAAACGGGCGUGACUUCUCCAAGGUCGACCAUGACCAGGCGGUGGCGGAGGCCAUCAGGCGAGACCCCAUCGUUGUCCAGGUUCUCCGGCGAACCCCUAACACAGCUGCGGGGGCGUCCCCACACAACCACAACGGCAUGCCACAGGACCUGUGUGUCGUCGACGUUUGCACACAGACGGACAUCACCUUCGAGCACAUCAUGGCACUGGCCAAGCUCCGGCCUGCGACCCCACCCGUCCCUGACAUCUGUCCCUUCCUUUUGUCUGACAGCUGUCAUUCCAUCCACACCAUGGAGCACGAGUAUUAUGAAUGUCCAGAGUACCUGUCCAACACGCCUGCAGGGGUGGAGAGGAUGGAGGAGUAUGAAUACGAGGAGGUGGAGCUGUGUCGGCAGAACAACCAGGAGAAGCUCGGCCUGACGCUCUGCUACAGGACCGACGAGGAGGAGGACACCAGCAUCUAUGUCAGCCAGGUGGAGCCAAACAGCAUAGCAGCGAGAGACGGGCGCAUCAAGGAAGGAGAUCGUAUUUUACAGAUAAACGGCUGUGAGGUGCAAGACAGAGAGAAAGCCGUGGCCAUGUUAUCAAACGAAGAAGCAAGAAGCAUCGUGUUGCUGGUGACGAGACCAGAAAUCCAGCUGGAGGAGGAGGUAUGGCUGGAUGAUGAGCAGCAGGAGCUGGUGGAGGAGCUGAAGAUGGAGAUCCUGGAGGAGAGGAGGAAGCAGAAGCAGCAUAGUUUUGACAGAGGGGAUGAGCACCAAGCUGAAGAAGAGAUGACAACAGACACAGCUACGUAUUCCUCCAAUAAUCAAGACAGCGGCUUCGGACGCAGUACAGACAGUCCAGAGCACCAACCCAUGCUUGCCAGACUACACAGGAAGAGCCCGGCCCAUUGCCUGAGGGACCGAUGGCAGGCAGAGCAUCAGCACACAAGACAUGGGAGUGGACAGGACACCCAGGGUCAAAGGAUCAUGUCCAAACGUCAAGGCCAAGAAGGGGUACUCAGUAUUCGCAAUAGUGGAGGUGGGGUUUUAGGAUUAGAGAAUCGAUUCCAGCAACUUCUGGAGCUCAAGUGUCAAAUCCGGAAUGGAGGCGAGUGUGGGGUGUACUCUAUUCGACACAGCAUAGAGUGUAGCGUCACUGAACAGGGAGUAGAGGAAGCAGACGGUGGGGACAGUGAGGGAGGCGGGGGAGGUGUGGAGCACGAGUUGAGGAUGCUGAAUGACGAACUACGUAGUCUUGAGCUGGAGUGCCAGAACAUCAUGCAGGCGCAUCAACUCCGUCAGACACACAAGCUGGACCCCUCACAGCCGGCACCCUGCUCACCGGGAUGGAGCCCCAAAGACACACACAAGCGGCACGGCAGGCUGGCCGACAUCCAUGAACAUCCGGAGAGGUCGGACAGCGACAAGCUAAGGGAGAAGGACAGCUCCAGUGCCUACAACACAGCUGAGAGUGCACGGUCGACACCGCUAGGUAUGGAGAGGUCUCCUGAUCACUCGCUACAGAGACACAUCAGCAUCACCAACCAGAAAAACCUCAGACUAGCCUCCUCCACAUCCUCAAGCCCCAUCCCUAUCCCAAAACCCCACAGCACCCCGAGUCAUAGCAGACCGGCAGACCAAGGCCUGGUAAUAUCCAGCAGCCCAGACCAGAGCAACCCCUCCAGGUCUGAGUCCGACCCUGCCAUGCCUGCAGAUGAUGAGAGGUGUGAGAAGAAAGGGAGGACCAGAGAGUCGAGGAGAGGGCUUCCCUAUGGGUGUUCAUACCAAACAACCCCCUAUCAAGGCCAAGGAGGAUCCAGGCAACUUCAGAGCUACAUGCAUCUGCUCCAACAGCACUCGUCCCUGGAGUACUCCCAGAGCCAGCUGAGCCUGGUCAGCGUCUGUAGAGAUAAUGUGCACCGGAGUGGACGCCCUGGGGAGCCCCGUCUGGAGUGGAAGGUCAAAGUCCGCGCUGACGGCACGCGCUACGUGGCCCGGAGGCCUGCCCGCGACCGCAUCCUGAGGGAGCGGGCGCUGAGGAUCCGAGAGGAGAGGAGCGGAGGCAUGACCACGGACGAUGAUGCCAUGAGCGAGAUGAAGAUGGGCCGCUAUUGGAGCAAAGAGGAGAGGAAGCAGCACUUGGCGCGGGCCAGGGAGCAGAGGAAAAGGAGGGAGUUCAUGCAAAAGAGUCGCUUGGAGUGUCUUAAAGAGGGGCCGGCCAGCGGAACCGAGGGCAGGAAGGAGAUCAAUAUCUUAGAGCUCAGUCACAAAAAGAUGAUGAAGAAACGAAACAAGAAGAUUCUCGACAACUGGAUGACGAUCCAGGAGUUGAUGAGCCACGGGGCCCGAGUCCCUGAAGGCUCGAAAGUACACAACGCCUUCCUGUCUGUCACAACUGUCUAA